AUGACCUCAGAACUCGCAGACGUCAAGAUUGAGGUUGACAACCAUCCUGACACGUUGCUUAGCAACACUCCAACAACCAACAGCACCACUACCCCAGAUCCUUGGGACAUCGAUGCCGAGUUAGACGACCACUGCAGUGGCAUGUCUGGUGAUACUCUGACGUGUAGCAGCGUCAUGACACCAGACCCUUGGGACAUCAUCGACGCAGAAGCGGUAAACACUCUGUUCCACGCAGUUCUAUCGGGAGAUGCAGACGAAGUGCGCGCGCUCUCUUCUGACGGGGUGUACAUCUCGCCAUUAGACUCUUGGAUUUUUUUUGAGGCUUGUCUACAAGGGCCCAACAUGAUCCACGCUUUUUGCAACAACCCCUGGGUCGACUUGGGACAGCCGCUGGCAGGACCUACAGGCGGUGCCCUCAUCAACUACCUUCUUAAGACAGCGGCUUCGCGGUUCCCGCUGGGGAAGAGGGACACCAUCAUCGCCGUUCUGCAGCAAGCUGUUAAUCCGAUAGUUUACGAUCACUGCGGAAACCAUGCCCUACAUAUACUUGCGGAAUCCGCGGAAACGGACGCCGCCGCUCUCAUGAAGCUUUUUCUCUGUGGGACAGACAGCGGCUGUGAUUUCACCGCUGCCGCCUGUGUGCCGCACAUCAAUUCGCGAAAUUGGCCAAAGCUUGGCAGUGAAUUUGGAAACACGCCUUUGACACUUGCGGUGCUCAGGAACAACAUUGAAUGUGUGCAUAUUCUUCUACAAAACGGAGCCGAUCCAACAAGCCGCGGAGAGUUCGAUCAGACAGCAAUGCAGCUUGCAGUUAGUAGGAGGUUUUACAAUUCAGGCCAUUGA